AUGCAUUCAGUGGAAGUUUAUAUUCAAGCUCGAAGUACAGAAUUAACUAAAGAUGUUUGUUUAGAAUUAUAUUACGAUAUAAGCAGUGAGCUUGAUAAAAAAUUUUCGGAAUUGCAGAGUGCUGGAGAUGCAGAUAUACGCAAAAAAUGUUAUGAUUUAGAUAAUUAUAUAAAUACAAUAAAAGAAGAAUACAAAAGAUGUGAGAAGCAUGUUCCAAAAGAUGAUAUAAAUAUUGACAAUUAUAUUAAAGAAUUAUCAACUACACAUGAUAAAUAUACUAAAUGUUCUAGUGCAUCGACAUCCAAUGGUAAGGAAGGUGAUAUAUCGAAACCUGAAACAAAAGAAUUAUGUACAGAUCCAGUGGGAUGCGCAAAGGAACAAGUUCCACCACAAGAAAAAAUAUUAGAAUCAAGUUGUAAAAAAGAUUCAUCUGAAUCCGGCUGUUUACAUCAGGAGGAAAUUUUAAAACAAAAUGUGGAACUUUCUGCUCUAUCUGACAAUACGACUACAGAGCAGAAAACCACCGUUGCAUCUACAGCAAGUACAUUAGAUGAUCCUCUAGUGCCUAACUGUCCCUUAUGUAAUUCUUCAGAUAUCAGAGUAAUUCCUUCUCCGAGUUGUCCAUCACAAGCUAAACCUAACCCCAGUUCAGACGUAAUAUCAAACAACCUCUCACUUUACGUACCCAAUAAUGAACAAUAUAUAAUAAUGGUUAUGAACCUUCCAAUGGCUGCAAUAGUGAUGAAAUUAUAA